UCCGCCCCUGCCCUCGGCGCAGGCGCGCCCGCCGCCCGCCCGGCCAUGGUGAACCUGGGCCUGUCCCGCGUGGACGACGCCGUGGCCGCCCGGCACCCGGGACUCGGGGAGUACGCCGCGUGCCAGUCCAACGCCCUCGUGAAGGGCGUGCUCACCUUCGUAGCAGGCACUGGCGGGACCUUCGGCCUGCAGCUUCUCAUCCAGAGAAAGUUUCCCUACGCGAUGCGGUGGAGCGUCCUGGCGGCCGUCGUUGCAGGCUCUGUGGCCAGCUAUGGGGUGACCAGAGUAGAGACCCAGAAAUGCAGCAACCUCUGGCUCUUCCUGGAGACGGGGCAGCUGCCCAAAGACAUGGAGACAGGUCAGUCCCGAUAGGAGAGCUGCAGGCAGGGUGAGAUCUGGGGCAGGAGUUCUGGAACGCGGUCCUCAGCACCCCCAAUGCCAGAGCACCUCAUACACAUGUGACCAGGCCUGACAAACUUGCUGCUGCUGCUGCUGCUGCUGCUGCCACCACCCGCACCCAGGGCCGGCCCAGACCGGCCCAGCAGGGGAUUCUCCUCAGG